CGGCGGUGGCGGAGGAGGCGGAGGAGGAGGAGGAGGAGGGGGGGGGAAGUCACCCUCUUUGGGGUGGCUCUCGGCCCAGCAUGGAUCACUUAGGGGCGCACCACCUCCACCCGAGCCACGCCGAGCCCAUUAGCUUUGGAAUCGACCAGAUCCUGAACAACCCGGACCAAGGCAGCUGCAUGAUCUCCAACGCGCGGCUGCAGGAGGCGGCGGACUACGGCCUGGGAGGAUGCGUGGUGAGCAGCACCUACAACCCCAUGAGCGGCCACUACGGCUCGGCCCCCGGCGGCGGAGGGUCCUCCUCCGCCGGGGGCUACGGUAACGGCGGCGCCUGCAGCAUGGCUUCGCUGGCGGGCUCCUACAACCUCAACGUCGGGGUCGGGGCCAUGAACGGAAAUAACCUCAACGCGGCCGGGGGCGUGAUCCGGGUGCCGGCACACCGGCCCGUGGCCGGCGGCGUCCCCCAGCCUCUCCCCACGGCCGUGCCCAACGUGAACAACCUGACGGGGCUGACCUUCCCCUGGAUGGAGAGCAACAGGCGCUACACCAAGGACCGCUUCACGGUGGCCCUCUCACCGUUCACUGUAACACGCCGUAUAGGUCACCCCUAUCAGAACCGGACGCCCCCCAAGAAGAAGAAACCACGCACCUCUUUCACCCGUCUGCAGAUCUGUGAACUGGAAAAACGCUUCCACCGACAGAAGUACCUGGCCUCAGCCGAGAGGGCGGCUUUAGCCAAGGCUCUGAAAAUGACUGAUGCCCAAGUCAAGACCUGGUUCCAGAACCGGAGAACAAAAUGGAGGCGGCAAACUGCAGAAGAACGGGAGGCAGAGCGGCAGCAAGCCAAUCGCAUCCUCAUGCAGCUCCAGCAAGAGGCCUUCCAGAAAACCAUCAAUCAGCCCAUCCAAGCAGACCCAAUCUGUGUUCACAAUUCCUCCCUGUUUGCCCUGCAGAACCUUCAGCCAUGGUCAGAUGAUUCUUCCAAGAUCACCAGCGUUACUUCUGUGGCCUCUUCCUGUGAGUGAAAUCUUAACUUUGCCUAUGCAUGGACUCUUGUAUUACAGAGUGGCUGGCCUUAUUCAGCAUCACCCGCAGAAGACACGGUUACCUGUGAAUGAGCCAGUGGCAGCAACCAGACAGUGUCCCCUUGCAAGCUAAGGCUCCCAGAGGUCAUACAUUGCUGGUCUAGUGGAGUUCUAAUCAAAGGCAACGCUUCCCUUCUUUCUUCUUCACCGUCAUCACCAUCACUAUCACCGCCUUCUUUGAAAGGGUGAUAUUGGAACCUUCGAAAACUCUUGCAGAGAGAAAACAACCCAAGGUUCUUCCUUGGAGCCACUUUCAAGACACAACUGCUAUAUCAUUUUAUCUGCUGAGAGCACAGGAGUUGUUCUCCCAUGCAAGCAGUGGUGGGUUUCAGCCGGUUCACACCACUUCGGCAGAACCGAUAGCUAAUUUUUUGUUUCCCAGGCCCAGAACGGACUUCCAGAAGCGGCAUCCACACUGAGAACCGGUUGUUCAUGUAUUUCCCACCACUGCAUGUAAGUAUUUCGUGCUGAUCAUUUCAAGAAAAAACACAAUUGCGGUUCUGAAUGAAGAAUAAGAACUUUUUUUUAACAACUCCUGCAUCUCCUCUUGGAGCCCUUUUCUUAAAAGACAUUUUAGAUUUUACAAAUAAAUAAAAUCUCGCUCCUUUUCCUUUUGUCUUUUCCAAGAUGAACUCUUUGGGUUUUCCUUGAUUUAUUUUUUUUCUUUCUGCUGAAGGAAUGUUGAUACCAGAAUUACUGAGGAAUGCAAACCUUGCCUCAUAAACUCUCGUGUGAAGGCUGAAAUCAGUAUCACAGCUACCUACAGACUCUGCAUUGAUCAACUUAUAUUUUAAUAACUCUGAGGCAUCUGUGGCAUUUUGCAGGGGUAAUGCAGUUUUACUUGAUAGAUUAUUUUGGUAUUGUUGAUGAUAUUCUUCAAUAUUUUAUUUACUUUUGCUCAAGACGUCAGCUCCACAAAAUGGGAUGAGAACCAAACAGAACAUCCUUCUCUUUCCAUUUCUUGAAAAGUAAUUUUACAGUUUUCUUUUUAUUGUAUUGAGAAAAAGCUUGUGAUUAAUUUAAGCACUUCUUACAGUAAAUUCCAAGAUGAUACAAAAUAUCUAAAAUAUAUAGGGGUUUUUUUUAGUUACUUUUUAACCUAUGCAUCAUUUAUAUUUAAAAUGAGAUGGUGCACACAACCAAUUUAUCAAAAACAAAUAUUUUAGUGAGUUUCUGAAAUGCAUUCUUUGGUUUGUUUUUAAGUUAUGCACUUAUUUGUGUAAUCAUUUUCUAAAGUGUUUGUGUAAUUUAUGUGGAAAAAUGAAUAAAAGGGGCAAAGUAUUAGUCUCAAUUAUUAGAAAUAACUUUUUUAAAAUGGCAUUUCUACACCUGACUUUUGUGUGGAUUUUUCUAGAGGAAUGUGGUUUCAAAGAUAAAACAAUCAUUGCCCGAAAGACUUAUUUUGAGUUAUGAUAGAGAGGGAAUCUCUACUUUUUUUAGUUUACUUAAAUUUUGUACCCUAACAGCCAUGAAUUUAAGCAUGUUCUUAAUUUCAAGCAUUAAACUUGAAAAUUAACCAAGGCUAUAAACACACAUGGUCCAUCCAACCAGUUUUUCCCACUCUGGGACUUUUAAGAAGUGCUAAACUAUAACUAUCAUCUCUUUUCUAGCACAUUUGGAGAUUUUCAGUUUUGGCUAAAUUGAAUUAUAAAAUAUAUUUAAAUAUUAAAUACUAGGUAAACUUUAAAUGCUAAACGCUCUGGUCUUUUUACAUCUAAUUUUUAAGAACUGUGGUUUAUGUUGUUUGUAAUGAAAAGGUAAUCUUACACGAAACAGAAUGAUGAUUCUGUUGUGUUCACAUAAACAAUGAACAAAAUUAAUGUAAAUAAAUGAAGAAGCUGAAAAAUUUACCACAGCACUAAUUUCAGCAGCUCAAAAUGCUCCAAGAACUAUCCCCAUGAGUGACAGGCAAAUUAAGCCUAGAGGGAGGCUCAUCAAUUUCCAAAAUGUAUUGUUUUUAUAUAAGCUUCCUGCCUGCAUAUUAAAUUAUUUUUGUUUUCCUGGUAUUAUACCUUACAUUGUUUUGAAAAUUAAUCACAUUUUAAAUUUUGUGCCUUGUUUCCUCUCCCCCCCCAUACCUGCCA